UAAUCUAAUUAGUUAAUCUAGCGAAUAAAAACGCGGUCAUUUAAUAUAUCGAUUAGGGAAGUCGCGUGUGAAUAAGGACAUGCCAAGUUUGUUCUAUUGAUUAUUGCAAGCUUGACCAGUCCAGUCAGUGAUAACAACGAACAGACAAAUGAAUAGCAAAACAGUUGUCUACGAGCUUGUCAUCGCGUCGAAGGGAUUCAACGUUGUUUCGUUUAUACGGAACGGAACGAAAGGUAACAAGUGAACGUAAGGAAGUCGUAGGUCGCGUAUCAAAAAGCCGGAUCGUUCGUGACUCGAUGUAGUUUCAUCGAUCCAUGGAACGCAUCCUUGCUCGCCUCUUAAUGAAAUCGAAUCGUUUUCAAUUAAUUUUGAGAUUCUGAUUUUGAAAUGGUUACCCAUCUACCCAAUAUUCUUCUAUCCAAAGGAGGGAAUCAUGUUUAACUCGUAACAUGGCUCGCUUCUACUACGAAUGUAACACAGAUUUAAAAAAUUACACGGAAGACAGUGAAACUAUCAAGCCCUACGCUUGCACAUCUGACAAAUAUUGUUUGUACUGUUGUUGUAAUUCGCAGUGUUGUUUAUUGGUACAAAAACGGCCUCCACGACACUUUUGGGAAGCCUGGUACUUUUGGCUAGGCAUUGCUUUACUCGCUGUUUUUAUCGUAUCUUUGGUGAGCAGUUACAUAGUGAGUAAUUGCAGACAUAACAUUCAAGGUGUACCGCUAAGACAUAGCGCACAUGGGAAUCGACGGAACGAUCGUGGCGGUCAUUCGACAAACAACCAAAAUGAAAUAUCGAUAAGCAUAAUCCCAACCUCGGAAUUUUUCCCGUCGCACAGGAAAAUGUUCGUGAUCACCUCUCAACCAGCCGUGAAUCAUCUGACCCCUGUCGUUGCGUGAAGUCGUUUCAUUUUCAUCGGAGCGAUUAUGUCGGCGAGAGGGAGCAAAGAGCUGGUACAUCAUUCUAUGGCGCUUUACGCUGCGAUACUUCUUGAAAGACCACCGCGCGUCGUCUCAUCGGUGGUUUGAUCAUCGGCUAGAAACAUCAUGGUCGUUACAUCGCGGGAAAUAUUUACGAUAAAUGCGUCUUUUUUACUUGGCCCCUUGAGGAUGCAAUAACUCGGUAGCGCGAUUUAAACAGGCCGGCCACGACACCAACAUUCUUCCCAAAUGAGAAACGAUUUUACCUACGAGAAUAUUACGUGCUUCGUAAUGAUCAAUUUGACACCAAGGCUGGUUAGAUCGCGAUCAUCCUACCUUUCGUUUCGCCACACGCGAUGCGAUCCUAUAUUAUAUCAUGGAAACUUCCGGUCAGCCUGUCUACGAUUAAGCGAUUUACCGUUUCAAAGAUCGAGAUGGAGGGUGAGAAAAGAGAAAGAGUUUGAAAAGUAUUGCAAGAAUAUAAUAUUUUUAGGAUAAGAAAUAGGAUAACAUCAUGGAUAAAAUUUUGUACGAUCGAUUUAACCGUUUCCAGAGUACAAAUCAUUGGAUCUGUAUCAGAUUAGAUCCAAUCGCUUCCGAUAUUUUAUAUCGAAGUAAUUUAGAUUUUUUUUUCCUUUUUUUUUUUAAUGGAAAUCCUGAUUCCAUUUGGCUGGGCGGAGCGCAAAACUCGUUCUCGAGAAUGGAAGUAACUACCAUUAACAAUUAAGAAGACACACUCCAACCAGGUCGACGUAUAUCUGACUGGGUACCAAGAAAUCGGGGGCUAAUUAAAAAGGACAAUCGAGCGAAUACAACUCAAGGCGACGUGUACUCUUUUAUCUUCUCGCGCAUCUCCCUUACCCUCUCCUGCUCCCUCUUUCCGCGCAUCCUUUACAUCUUUCUCUUUAUCCGCUCAAUUCCUCGUCUUCCCUUUUCCCUGCGACUCGUUCCUACCGCUCUCUCUCUGUUCUCAGAUCGAUCCAGCGAUAGCGGUUAAUCGCGGUAAUCUUCACAGAGGAGAGGAAUCACGAAAAAAACUUUGCCGCUCGUCGAAUCGUAUCGCGGUGAACGCGGAAACAUGCACGCGUUUCUCAAAAUGAUAAAAUGAAAAUGAUCUGAAUCUGAAAGUUGUUCGAUAGAUAUUUCUUCUUAGAAUCGAUCGAUGCUCUCGAGAUUAUAGAUCUCUGUGCCACGUGCUUCGAAUCACGUCCUUCGGGAAAUGAAAGGAUUUUCAAUGUAAAUUUUCAUUGUCUUGUUCCAUUUGCGCAAUGAUUGGCUGUGGACAGUGUCAAUUUGAAACAACGAUUUUUCGCCAACCAGUCUUUUUUUUCUUUUCUUUUUUUUCUCGAAAUGUUAGAAAACAGAAAAUAAUACGUUUAUUUUAAUACGAAAUAAUACGUAGAUUACAAUGUAUAGUAUAUAUAUAUCGAUCACGAUAUCUAUAUCACACGCGAGAAACUGUAUUAAUUAAUAUGCAUCGAAAGAUACAGCUACACGUUUGACAUUUUGCACAAGUGUGAUUGUAAUUAGCUGCGUAGGAUGGGAGUGGAAACUACUGUGCGUGAUUACCAUAAAAUUCUAUAAAUACGCACGAUUUCCAUGUGUUGCGAUUUAUAAUAAUAUUUUCUAACCUUCUUUUUUUAAUUUUUCACGAAUCCCACGCUACAAUGCGGUUGCCCAAUGUUGCAACACCAACAGAACUGAAAGAUUUCUCGCUUCUCGAGAAAAUCCAGUUCUCACGAUUGAUUUAAUUCGGGUUAAUUAGACUGUCGUGGGUUGAAAUUUUGUAAACGAAAAAACUAGAUUCUGUCCCUAGGAUUCUCAGAGAAAUUAUGAUCGGUCGAAAGAAUAUAUAGUUUUCAACUAUAUAUUUAUCAGGCAUGGACAUACGUAUAUGCGAGAGGAAUUUAAAUUGCCUACUCUUCACCUCGUCUUGAAAUCGGUCUAUUCGGAACGAUGAACGGUUCGCGAUACAUCUCAAUAAAUUAUCCGCGUGAAAGAAAUCCUUGUGCUCCCUGUAAAUCUUUUUACUGCGAACACUUGAUCGUUCGCGCAACAAGAAGUAGCUGCGGAGCCGACUGCCGGCGAUCUCGUUCAACUGUAACGAAGUGUCAUUCCGAUAACCCAAGCCAGCUUUUACUGUCAUUCGACGGAUGACGAUAAAGAAAUGUGCAACCAGCGGGGGCUCUGCUUAACGUUGCAUGGACAGGAAACCGAAGCGGGGAAUUAAACUCUCGUCUCCUUUGCCAAUAACCACGAUUAAGACGUUCGAUCCACCACCCUCAAAUUCUCAAUCAUUCGCGGACACGAAACAAUUUUUAUCGUUCAUUCGUCUCCUCGAUUAUUAAUCUCAGAUUUUAUUUCAAUCGUUGUAUUUUGGAAAGAAAAUAAAGAUGAACGAGUUGGAUUAACGGAGAGUUGUUAUUUCCAUAGAUUCCUCCCUUUUUCCUUUUUUCGAUGCAUGCUUGUUCCGUUUCAUUCCUCUCAUCUUU